UCGCUGCGGCUGGAGGGAGCAGCGCCGUAAACGGUCGGGCUGCGGGUUGGGCGGCUCCAGUUCCCCGCUCCGGCUCCGCCGCCCCCACCCGGCCGUCUUUCGGUGUGCCAGGCUCAACGCGGCGGCGAGCGGCUCCCCCACCUGCCGGGCUUGGACAUGGAUGCGCUGAGAGUCUGGUGGGUGCUGCUGGGCAUCUUGGGCGCCGGUUCUGCCCAGUUGCAGCUUCAAAAGUUCGGAAGUAUUUUAAUGGACACUUGUAAUUCAACUGUCAUCAUACCUUGCAUAGUAACUAACCUACAACUGAAUGAUACUCGAGCAAUGUAUGUUAAGUGGAGACUAGGAGGAAACGAAUUUUUUUCUUUUGAUGGAUUUGAACAACCAGUGAAGAUUCAAAGAAACAGCACUUUUCAGUCGGCGGAAUUUGUGUCUCUAUCAAAGCUCCCUUUUGGCACUGCUUCACUCUCCCUAUCAAGGAAAGAGGCAAUUCCAGGAAACUACAGCUGUGAAGUAACAGAAUCAAACCGAGAAGGAAUAUCUACAGUUGAACUUAAACAAGCAAUAGAAUCCUGGUUUGAACCAGUGGAGAAUACUCUCAUAAUUAUCACCAUGGUUCUGGCUGCUAUUUUUUAUUGGACACAGAUAGGUGUUGUUGCAACAAAAUUCGACAUCUCUUUAUUAAAGAAGAUCAGCUUAAUUAUUGCAGGACUAAUAGUCACGAUUGCUGUUGUGAUUGGCUGUGUUCUUUUUGUCCCAGAUGGAUUUGAAUCAUCAAAUCAAGUUGGACUUGGCUUAAUUGUACUCCCUGCUGUCAUUUUAGUGCCACUUCUCUACAUUCUCUUAACCUCUGUUUUUGAGAAACCACCAUGCUUUGCAGUUAUGUUGCUAGUUUUGAAAGCACUUGGAUAUGUAAUUGCUGUAACUGGAUUUGCUAUGUCUGUAUCAGCAUGCCCCCCACAACACGCUGCUGUCGUGAUUGCAGGCUUAGCAGUUAUCGAUCUUGUAGCUGUAAUUGCCUUAGUUUAUGUGAUUAUUAUUGGUUCCAACUUUAAAGAUCAUCAGCCUCCAAGGAAAGCUGUAGAAGAACCACUAAAUGAUGCAAAAGGAGUGAUGUUAGAAUGAUGCUCACGAUUUGAGUUGAUUGAAUCUGUGAUGGACGUGGAAAGAAGUGGAGAAAGACUUUUGUUCAUACACCGUGGCCUUGAUGAUGCACUACUCAAAGAAAAAAAAAACAUCAGGAAAUUAGUUGUUUUGCAUGUGUGGAAAGUGCUGUAACGAUUUAAAUUAUGUAAUUUUAUAGUAACAGCAGCUGUAGUAAAUUUCAAAAGAGAAGUGAGUGUUGUAUGCACAUCAGCCUUUUUUCUUUUGGGGUGGAUGAGGGUAAGAAUACAAAAGACUCUUUUUAUCCACUGUAAUAGGUCUCUUUAGUGCUGCACUUCUCAGAAUCGUAUUGACUGCCACUUUACAUAAAAACCAAAACUUUUUCAUAAAGGACCACUUUCAGAUAUCACAGUGUUGAGAGUUAGCUGCCUUGAGCUCUGGGCCAGUUUUUGUGUCUCUGAGCAAUAACUGUUCAUUGUGGGUCUUCUUCACACUGGGACUGUACAUGUGCAGUCCUGCUUUUGAAUAUUUCACUAACUGAAACUGCUAGGAGGCACAGUAUGCUGACUCUGUACUGAUGUUCCCACUGAAAUCAUCAUAUGCUAAGGCAUGGAUGUGCCCCCUUUCCUCACUUCCUUUUUUGCCACUUUUAGAGUCAGUAAUUUCUUUCUGCACUUAUGACCGCUGUUCUCAUUUGGUCAACUUGCUGGGCUUACUAUUUCCCCCUUUGUGCAAGGAGUAGCCUUUACUUGCAUUCUACUGGUGACCAUGUCCCAGAAGAGUUUAUUUAAGAAAAGCACGAAUUGUAGUGUGAAACGUAACCUGACCAGUGAGCAUGAGUUAUACUACUUGUGUCUGGGGGGAAGCCCAUAACUUUCCAGUUUGUAAGGCAUGCCAAAAGUUCAUUCUGAAGGCGAGGAACAAUCAAGCCUCUAAACUGAAAGCCACAUUGUGGGAAAAUGCCCUCCAAUCAUUGGACCCACCACUUAAACUGACUUUAGAACUGACACCCUGUUUAAAACAACCUCGUCUGUGUCAGUCUGCAUGGUUCCAUCAACGCAGGGGUUGGAAUAGAGAUGUCCCCAGAAAUGUUCCAGGUCUCCAGUCCCAAUACGUUCAUCAGAACUGCUGACUAAACACCCAAAGAUGAAGGAGAAGGAGAAAGAGAGGACGCAGGAAAGACACUCCACUGACUCAAAAUACCAUUGUUCAGUGGAAGCCACUUCUAUUCUGUCUCCAGAGGUUCAGGAGAUAUUACCACCACCUCCCAGGACCCUAUCACUUGUCCAGAGUCACCACAUCUAUCCUUUUCCAACACUGAGAUUGAAACAGUUGGAUCCACCGCUGGAUCAGAGGUGCUAAUAUGAUCUCGGCUGCGAUCCCUAGCAUCAGCCCUCUUGGCCUGGUCCCCCUUCCUCAAUGUCACCACCCUGCAUUUCAGGUUGGAGAAGUCACUAUGGACACCUACCAGGUCAUGCUCCAGCAUUUGCAUGAAUGAUGCACCUACAUAUGGCUACAUCCCAAAUCACAGUUCCAAGGAGGCCCCCUUCCCCUCCCCUUGUGUUAAAUGAUGACAGCACCAAAGCAUCAUGUAAUGGAUCUGGAAUCAGAUCUGAUUAUCUUUUGUUGAUUCUAAGCCCUGAUGGAAGAGUCAGUCACUGUUCGUCUGCAUCUCCUGCAGAGACUUAAGAAGAGAUGUUGUAUAUGGGCAAGUCACUGGACAUCAAGGUAACUACCCCAGCACUUCAACCCAGUGACAAGAACCUUGGCAGUCUCCCCUGAAAUCACCGUCUUUUCCAUGUUGCAAGGUCUUCUAGAAGCCUUCUGUUAGGUUUAAUAGAAAUCUUGUUCUACUCCAGCAACUACCAGGAGAGCUGAAGGGUUCUACAAGAUCCAGUGGAACUCUGCCCUUUUUUACCCACUCACCCUACAUUACAGAAUAGUUACAGGCUCAACUUAUGGUCCCUGCUGAUGAGGGCAGAUAACUCGAUGCCUUAAGAAAGAAAGUUUAUUCAUCCUUGGUACUGAGCUUGUACAUUCCAGCUACCAAACUGUAACAGCAGGACUAUAAUAGCAACUAUUCCUGUGGGGGAGGAUAUCCCCCUGUUUGGAACUGAUCCCUGAGGAAGGGAAAGCCCAUGGUGAGGCUGCUACAGAUGGAAGCUUGUUGCCUUUCCAUGCAGCAAACUAAUGUUAGCAGAUAUUGCAUUGACUCAGUGGGAAGACGUAUGACCACCUUAGUGGUGCUCAGGCACCAUGCAUGGGUGAGAUCCAUCUCCCAUUUGAAGAGGACACACUGUUCUCAAAAACACCAAUGACACGCUUACCUUGAUCAAGAAGAAUUGGCAGACUGAAAUCCUUGGGAAUAACAGCUUCUACUUCAUAGUCAAGAUCCUUCUCCAGGCAAAGAUGGUAACCAUAUCCAAGGGAUCAACAAUAUCACACACACAUUCACAGUAUCUUGUUUCUUGUAUGACAUUCCAGCUACAUCAGAAUUUCUCUAUUCAUAGAGCUAGCCAACAGCCAUCAUCCAGAGAGGUGGGUCGCCAUCUGCAGAAGCCUUUCGCCACAUGUGCAAAUGUGUUUGCCUCAAUAAAAGCCUACUUGGCAGCAAUCUCUGCUCACCGUAAGGGGUGGAUGAAUCCAUAGUCUUUCCUCAUAAAAUUUCCAGGACAUUUCUGAAGAGCCUUUUUAAUUCCUAUCCUCCCAGGCACCUAUCAUCCCACAGUGGUCUUUGGCAGUUGUAUUGGCAAAGCUUAUGAGGACCCCUCUGAGCCUUUUGCUUCUUGUGCCUACAAUUUUUAUCCAUGAAGGCUUGCUUUCUAGUAGCAAUUAACAUCUGUUUGUAGAGUUGGCGAGAUAACAGGUUCCAGAAUGUAUUUUCUAUUUCUGAAAGUGUUCCUGGAGCAUAUGGUGCUGAAACCCUGCGCAUGUGUCUUGCGUAAAAUGGCUUUGGGGUUUCACCUGAACCAAGAGGUGUUUCUUCCCAUUUUCUUCCCCAGGCUCACUUUGAAAGCUGAAAGAAUGUUACACUCAUUGGACAUUAGGUGGACUUUGUUAUUUUAUUUACACAGGUCUGAGAACUUUCACAAGGAGAUGCCAUUGUUUAUUAGUCACUUGGCUUCUAAAAAAGAGAAACUGGCUUUCCCUCAAACUUUGAAUAAGUGGAUCAUCUCCACAUUCAGGCUGUGCUACAAGAGGGUGGAGCUCCUUUGUCUGUCAGAGAGCUGCACAGAUUUUACCGGGGGGGCAGGCUUCUUUGGCAACCUGUUUGCAUGGCGUACCAUUGAAGGAGAUCUUCUGAAGUGCAACUUGAUCCAUGGCAGCCAUCUUUGUGAAGUACUACACAUUGGACCUCCAGGCAAGAAAAGAGGUAGAGGUUGGAAAGGUGGUCUUGCAUUCUCUGGUCUUAUAACAGGUAAAAGGUCUUCCUCCAUCCUGGUGUGUAGCUUUGGAAAAUUCCAAUGUGGAAUUGCACAGAAAACCAGCAGUGAAAACAGAGUUGCACUUACCUGUAACUGCUGUUCAUCAAGGUCUUCAGUGCAGGCACACAUUCAGUGGUGGGAUUCAGCAGGUUCACAGAACCGGUGGUUAAAAUAAUGCUUGUAAACAACCAGUUGUUAAAUUAUUUGAAUCCCACCACCAGAACCAAUUACAUUAUUUGAAUCCCACCACUGCACACAUUCCUCCCUCCUACCUUGCUGCAAGCUCUUUGUCUCUUGCUUUUCUUUGUGACUCUGGCAGCUCAAGAGAAACUGAGGGAAGGGGGCACAGCCACGCCUUAGUUUGUGACAGUUUUGGGCAGGAACACCAGGAUGGGGUUGAAUACUGUGCCUCCUAGCAAUUUUAGCUAGUAAAAUCUCCAAAAGCAGGCCUGCACAUGCAUAGGCCCAAUGUGUGCCUGCGCUGAACACCUAAAAAUAAACAGCAGUUACAGGUAAGUGCAACUCUUUUCCUUAUAUAGAGUGGCACUUCUAUCCUCAAAUUACAUCAAUAGUUGCAUAGUAGCAAUGCCAGAAGGAUGGAAAGGGAUUUCUUAGGGACUGUUUGCUCUAUUCUUUCCCCCAAAAUACUUGUCCAGGGCCAGCUUAUUCUAGCUCCACUUACAAUGCCUAACUAAUGUUUUCAGGUAGUCUGAAAAUUGGCGAGCAUCAGCCUUGUGUUUAGCAAAGGUCAGGCUAAAUUCCUUGUUGGCGUGUCUGAAAGAACCUUAAUUUCAUGGGCCAGACUUCUGUGGGACCCUUUACGUAAAUAUUUGUACUGCAUGAUGAAUAAAUUGCUAGUGUUUUCUCUUUGAUUUUACUUGCUGUCCUUUAAAAACCAAUCUAGACCCAACCUACUUUUUGACAUUUUUUUUUCAUAAAUGAAGAAAUAGCAUUGGAAUAAGAGAACUAUUUAUAUAAGCUAUGUUCAUACCUAUAUGGUGUGAACAGGAAUGGAUGUAUUACAGGGUGAACCAAUAUUGUUCCUAGCAUAAUUUUUUUUACCAGACUAUGGCACUUAGCCUUUUCUAAGAGAGAUCUUGAUUUUCAGUUCUUUCAAACGAUCACAAAAGUCCCCAUUCACCCACUUGCUGCUAGUAUUUCUGCUGUAUAUAUUGUAAUUCUGUGCUUUGGUGAUCAGUAUUUUAGUCCAAGUAACUUCCGCUCUCUUUCCUAUUCUUUCAUUAAAAUAGACUUUAAAACUAAGGGCCAAACCUGAUUUUCAUAAAGCUGAGAAUCAUUCAGUAAGAAUCCUGCUAAUUAAAGCAUCAUUCACCCCCUGCAGUUUGCAGUUACCAAAAAUAUAUACAGUAAAACAAGAGAACUUCUCUUUCAGAUCACUGGCUGCCAGCCUUUCAAGUUAAGAGCAUGGUUCUUAAAUUGAAAUCUCAAUCUAUGUGGUCUUGUCUUUUUGUCAUUUACAUGUGAAUUAUGUAAGAGGAAUUCUAUUUCUGUGCUUGUCUAGUUCUUACAGAUGUUGAAAUUCUGUGUAAAGUCGGUUUAGCACAUUUUCUACAUUCUGCAAAAAAGACUUGUCUGCCCCUUCCACCACUUUUCAAAUGAGAGUUCAAACACUGUAUGUUUUGCAGGAACAAAUGAAUUCUUCUGUUCUAUUGUUCUGAAUCCUAUCUUAUAACUAUCUCCCUUUUGUAAAAAUGGGUCAGUUUCAUGGCAUUCUUUGUUGGAAUCUUCAAGGAUGCUUUUACUUAGCCUUUUGAUGGCACCCCAGGGCAGUCUGUCUGAAUUUUUCUUACCGGUACUUUUAUUGUGUGUUUUAGCAGUCAGAUCACAGCUAUGAAGGCUUUUUAUUAUUUUAAACCAGCUAAUUGUUUUUCCUUCCUUCUCCAUGUGUGUACCAGUAAAAAUAACAAAAUAGAAGGCUGGUUGUGUAGGAUUUCUUUGGUGUCUAAAUGACUCGAAUGGAAAUACAAAAGACAACUCUUCAUCCAACAUGUGGCUAUGAGCCUAGUAGUGCAUGAAUACCAAUUUUAUUUGAUGAGGUUAUCCAGUUUUAUCCUUACAUAUGUUUUGAUAUAGCUUAGCUCCCAUUAGGAUACUAGAUUUUCUUAAAGGCCUGAAUAUCUCAUACUGCCACUGACUUCUUAAUUAUUUUUAGACUGGAUAGGAUAGUUAAUGGCUUAUGUUUCUGCUGUACUUUCAAAAUAAUCCCUGAGCCCUGAGGUAUGCUGCAGUUCAGUCCUCUAAAAACAACUAAACAGGGUAGGGGCAGAUGGGUUGAAAGCUCAGUUCAUAAGGAUACUUGAAUAAUAUGAGAUUCAGAUUAAUUAAUGUUAUCCUCUAAUUAAUUGAAACAUACAGAACGUUCAAGAAUAUUCAUAUAAAAUGGCAGGGAUAGAUGAGAAAUGUACAUUGGUCUCAGUACUGUAAAUGUUUGGGAUCCUGGAUAUCUCUAUCAUUUUUCUGUGUACUGGUAAGUUGGGCUCACCAUCAUCCUGAAAACAAGCAAAAUUCAUUGUAUCAUACAAAUUGGCAACCAGUCAAAGAGUUCUGUAGCAUUAUUGCAGAUCUGGUUCUUUACAAAUGCAUCUCAGCUCUGGAAUAUGGGGACAGUGAGGAAUCCUCUGAUUCAAGAAAUGACCAUAUGAAAUUGAAAUCUAUUUAUUUUAUUUGCCUUGCAGAUUUGUAUAAUUUUGUUUAAAACUUUAUAUUAAGAAAACCUGCAGAAAAACAAUUAUAUAUCCCUAAUAGUGAAGCAAAGUUCUUUCAUAUAAGCAGAAUAUUACUAAGACUUACAGAAAGUCUUGGAUUUUGCACAUGCCCUUUGGAGAUACUUAUAGUAUAUGAAAGGGUUCUGCUAAAGAUUUCUUAUUGGUGCCAUUAAAAAAGUUCUAGCUUUCCUAAAAUUGCCAUUUAUUUUCCCUAGUAUUUUAAGAAACCAAAGUGGUUAUGAUUGUGUUAAUGGUCUCGUGAAUUUAGUUUUUGUAUAGAUAUAAAGUCAAAUUUCUCAUUAUUUGAACAUUUGGAAAAAAUCUUCUCUUAACCUAAAUAGUGUUUUUGUUUAUUGAACAUAGCAUUGUAAAUAGACCUAUAAUUUAAAUAAAGCUGUUUCAAGUUUU